GAAGACAGAAGUGGAACGAUGCGUUUAACCCGAGAGGGGUACAGUGCGGCCAAAUCGUUUCUACUGUCAUCGUCGCCACCGUAUUAGGGUUUUCAGAGUUGCAUCUUCGGAAGCCAUAUGCUUCCGUUACGCAAUUAAAACUGCACUUUGAAAAUCCCACAUUUUGAUAGGCGUAACGAUACAGCAGAACACCGCAAUUCCUUCAAAACCUUCUUCUCGGGUACUCGCCACAUCAAAAUAAGGCUUCAAUUUUACGGUUUCUGUUUGAAAUGGAAGAGAACGGAAAUAAGCAGGAAUCGAAUGCUUCUGCAACUGGGGUUUAUGAGUUACCUGGAGAGCCUGCUGUUGUGAUUAACGGGGUGCCUGAAAUAGUACCCGGUUGCAGCGCUGUUCCUUCCGGUAAUGCUUCGAGCAUUGUUGGAACACAUGGGAAUUUGGGUUUGGGCGAAUGGUUCGUAGGGAGGGACGUCCUAAAGUUGUUUAAGGGAAAUUAUUUCUCGGGUAAAGUAACUGAUUAUGAGAAAGAAUCUGGGUGGUAUAGGGUUCUAUAUGAAGAUGGUGACUCUGAAGAUCUUGAUUGGCAGGAGUUGAAGGAGGUUCUUCGUCCUUUGGAUGUUACAAUCUCACUUAAGACAUUGGCGCAGAGGGUUAUUCGAAAAAGUAAGAAACCUAUUCAUAAAUCUGGAAAGAAUGGUGACCAUUCAGAAAAUCUCCAAACCAAAAAGAGGAGAACAAAAGGAUACUAGAUUUGACUAUACUUGUUUAGCAAGAGGCUUUAAUUGAAAAUUUUGUGUUUUGUAGAUAUAUCAAUAUAAAGCAAGGAAUUAAAGGAUUUGAAAUUGAUCAGCUGAAAGAGCAAUUAGGAAAUUGGUGCUGAUGGACCAUACAAAUAUUGUUGUACUUGUAGCAAUAGGAUUAUUGUUGUUUUGUAGUUAAGGAAUUUGUCCCUAGGAAAAUUCAAAAAAUUGUUGCAAUAGUGAUUGAUAUUAAUGUUGUAACAGAGGAAUUACAUUGAUAUAACAGCAUCAACAAUAUUUUCUAUGAUGAUUUGUGCAAGUGUGAUAUAAUUGUAAGAUAUGAAACAAA